AUGUCUGAAAAACACAAGAAGCGCAAGCAGAGACCCUACGAGACCUUCGAGCCUCCACAGCCCUCUCAACCCGACACCUCUCUUUUCAUCCAGGCUCACGAAGCGGACCUCGUACACGGGCCUAACGCGGCCUCGGCGGCGCGUUCUCUGGAGGUCUCCUUCGUGGAGACCGCGGGACGGAGGAAAUUGGUUCCCGGCGAAGGGCUAAUCAAGUGGGCUAGCCAGCUGGCCGCGUCUUUCCAAGACUUCUCCAAGGACGAGCACCUACACCUGGGCAGCGGCGGCGCACGAGCACGAGAAACCGCGUCCGAGGACGACGACGGGGUGUGGGUGGACAGGUACGAUGCGAGACUGCUCCUCGAGUCCCUCCCGGAGCCUCCUCUCCCCCCAUCCGCACCCGUAGCCGAGCCGCCGUCGCCCGGGGGCUGGUCCGACCUCCCCUCCGACGCCGAAGACACAUUCUUCUUCUCCACACGCGAGGUGGCAGACUACCGCCGCGACAAGCGGCGGCGCGUGCUCGACGACAACCGCGAGGCCCGGUUGCACGCUCUGCGCGACGCAGACGGCUCCGACGACGACGACCCCAAGGACCCAAAGGAUGACUGGGGCGGGAGCGACGAGGAGCCCGACUCGCCGCAGCGCGAGCUCAUGCGCCGCACCGCCGCGCACGUCCUCGGCUCGCCCAACCCCGCGCAGCUGCAGAUGCGGAUCCUCGCGAACCACGGCGCGGACCCGCGCUUCGCCUUCCUCCGCGGCCGCUGGGCGCGCGCGUGGCGCCUCGAGCUGGCGCGGCAGAAGCAGACACGGGCGCAGACGCAGGCUGAGGAGCGGGCGGCGGGCGGCGGAGGCGCGGGCAUCGGUGGGCUGGCGGGGUAUGGGGAUAGCGAUGAGGAAGAGGGUGAGGACGAGGGUGAGGCCGGAAGGGGAGAGUGUGGAGACAUGGAGGUGGAUGGAGCGGCUGACGCGACAGAUGGGGGCGGGAGGGACGAGGGAGGCGUGCAGAGUCCUCCGCUCCCUCGGGAACCACCCCCAGCUCCUCCGACAGAGCAGGAUGAGGAAGCGUUGAAAGCCGCACGGAGGGCGAAAGCAAAGGAGUGGGCGGAGAAGCGGCGUGCCGAGAAGGAGAAUGAGGCAAAGCAGACGUAG